AAAUUAUCAGAGGCAGUCGAGCCCGACCAUCGAAAUGAAUCGAAAUCGAAAUAAUAAUUAACAAUGGCAACCGGUUCUGAAUCUGGACCAGGUCCAGGUUCCAGUUCUAGCCCUGAAAUAAAUGCAUGGCGUAGUCAAGCUAAGAAUAUGGAGGGCGAUGAAUGCGACUCCAACGAUGAUGACUCAGUUGAGUUUUAUGAUGCAUGCUCGGAUGAGCAACAGUUGGACCAAACACGAAUGAAAAUGGAUCUAGACACCUCGCUGGAAGAGGCACAAAUAGCAAUCAAUUAUUUUUUUAAUAACAAGUUCGAGGAGGCACGGACAUUAUUAAAACCAUUCGCCGAUACCAGUCUGUAUCACUCUAUGGGCUAUGCAGUUUUCUCUUUCCUAGAGGCAGUCCUUACUUUUGAGCAUAUUGAAGAGGCAUCGGAUGAGCUGAAAAAAUGCCUUGAUCUAUGUCAGCGUUUCAAGAAAAAAACCACAAUAACCGAGUCAAUUGGCCAAACAUUCAAGAAGAAAAACUUCAGCCAAAUGACAGACCUUGAGUGUCACGCCGAACUGUGCAUGGCCGAAGGCUUGUUGCUCAACGCCCUGCUCACAUUUAUUGAGGAUGAGAAUCUCAGCAGCCUAAUCCGCGGUAGCCUUAAAGUACGACAAUGCUAUAACUUGUAUAGAUCCUGUGAACAGAUAAUGAAGCAACGCAAGUGGGAAUCAUUGACACUGAAAUCCCACUUCGACAGCGGAGUUCGAAUGGGCAUAGGUACAUUCAAUCUAAUGAUCUCCAUGCUACCCGCACGUAUUGUCAAAAUACUGGAAUUUAUUGGGUUUACGGCGAAUAAGCACUCGGGUCUAAAUGAUCUGUACAUAGGGUACCAGGAGGCGGGACUACGUCAAGUGCUUUGUGCGCUCACACUCCUUGGCUAUCAUUUGAUGGUGGUGGCAAUGCUAAGUCAUCAGCAUGGGGAUUUGACACUAUGUCAAGAUAUACUAUCCGCCAUGCUAGAAAAGUAUCCCAAUGGUGUGUGGAUUCUGUUUUUUAAAGGCCGCCUAGAGUUUAUCAAAGGUAAUCUUGUGGAUGGCGAAACUUGGUAUAUUAAAUCUUGGCGUUCUCAGGAUGUUUGGCCACAAUUCCACCACCUGACCUUUUGGGAUCUUCUUUGGCUUAAUUGUUUGCAAAAGAAAUGGAAGGAAGCCGAUGUAUAUGCCACAAAUUUGUUGCAAAAGAGUAAUUGGUCCCGUUCUAUAUACGCCUAUCAGCUAGCUGUUAUUAAGCUUAUGCAUAAGAACCCCUCGCAAUCGGACAUCGGGGAAAUCGAGGGACUAAUGCGCGAUGUUCCCACAUGCAGGCAAAGAAUCGCGGGAAAAUCUCUACCAAUGGAGAAGUUUAUGGCGAAGAGAGCUGCUCGCUAUACGGCGCAAAAUGGGAAGUUGAUCCUUCCGGUCAUCGAACUCAUGUACCUGUGGAAUGUUUUUAAAGUCUUUAGCAAAAACUAUAACAUUGCCGAUGGCAUUCUUCAAAUGAUCGAAAAGGAAUUGUCUUUUGUUACGGCCCGAACUGAGGCCAGUCUUCAGUCAUAUUACGCAGAUAAUCGGGCGUUAUGUUUAUUGCUACGUGGUGCCUGUUUCCGUCAAAUGGAAAAGCCAGCACUUGCCCUGCAGGACUUGGAAGAAUGUAUUGGACUACAGAACAGUAUUAAGGAGGAUACUUUUAUCAUUCCUUACGCUUACUGCGAGGCUGCAUUGGUUCAUGCUUUCGAAAAUCGCGAAGCACAAGCAAUAGCAAUGCUGCAGGAUACUAGGAAAAAGUUCUCACAUUUUUCACUAGAAUCUCGGCUUCAUUUUCGCAUUCACGCUGCCUUAAUGGAACUGAAGAGCGAUGUCACAGUCAAAUAAUAUAACUAACUAUAACUGUAUUAUAUGUAUUUGUGUAUGUAUGUGUGGGUUUUUGGGUUUUACGUUUUGUGGACAGAGGUCAAUAAAAAAUAAGAAUUGAGUUAUUCGCACGCAGUGUAAAAAUAAAGAUCAUAAAUAAAGUA